AUCGAUAAAUACCAUUCCACCUCGUAACUAAAAUAACCAAAUGAAUUUUCUUGCUAUUUCUCAGCAAACAAAUGGAUGCCUUCACUUCCUUCUUCGAUUCCCAAUCGAGAAACAUCUGGAGUUACGAUACUCUUAAGAAUUUCCGUCAGAUCUCUCCCAUCGUUCAAACUCAUCUCAAGCAGGUUUAUUUGACCUUAUGUUGUGCACUGAUUGCCUCUGCUGUUGGAGCUUAUCUCCAUAUUCUUUGGAACAUUGGGGGUUACCUCACCACAUUUGCAUGCUUAGGAACCAUUAUUUGGCUCCUUUCCACCCCUCCUUGUGAAGAGCAAAAGAGGGUUUCUCUUCUAAUGGCAUCGGCAGUGUUUGAAGGAGCUUCAAUCGGUCCUCUAAUUGACUUGGCUAUUCAAAUCGACCCGAGUGUAUUGGUAGCUUCAUUUGUGGGAACAGCAUUGGCCUUUGCAUGUUUUUCAGGAGCUGCUAUGUUAGCAAGGCGACGAGAGUACCUUUACCUUGGUGGCUUGCUCUCAUCUGGUGUGUCCGUGCUUCUCUGGUUGCAUUUUGCUUCCUCCAUCUUUGGUGGUUCCACAGCCCUCUUUAUGACUGAGAUCUACUUAGGGCUUUUGGUGUUUGUGGGAUAUAUGAUAGUCGACACGCAGGACAUAAUCGAGAAAGCCCACUUGGGUGACCUGGACUACGUGAAGCAUGCCCUGACUCUUUUCACUGAUUUUGUUGCUGUAUUUGUCCGCAUUCUGAUAAUUAUGUUGAAAAAUUCAGCUGAGAAGAGCGAGAAAAAGAAGAAAAGGAGAGACUAAAUCACAAAGCAAUAGCUGAGGAGCUUUACCCAUCUAACCUUGCCUUGGAGACAUGAAAGUUUGUUGCUUUUUGUGCUAAAGCAUCAUGUUAAUAUAAUAAGUUAAUAACCAUGUUAUUUUAUUUCAACUUUUGCCAUAUAUUAACGUCUUUCGCAUUUUGCAUA